AGUGUUGUUAUGUUAGUGUUGCCCACGUUGACUCCAUUCUUCUUUCAUGUCACCCUUCACUUCCCACUGAAACUACGAAAAUGCCACUCGUCUCUCUAUUCAAAUCCACGUUCGCAAUUUGUGCUUGGAAUCGGGGCAUUUCUGUCACAACACUCCAACAUCCUUAUUAUUGUCAGAGAAGAGAAGUGGGUUGUGCGGAAAGACAGAAUUGGUUUUACAGUUGAAGAAAACAUCAUGGCUAUGGCAAAAGAGAAAGAGGAAGAUGAGGAAGAGGUUCAGAAUUGUGGGAAGAGACUCAAGUGUAUGAGGAAUGAAGACGACGACCAAGUUAUAGCCGAAGAUGAAGAGGAAAGUGAGCUUCCCCUUCAGCCUGGGCUUUUCUUCUACCCAACAACACCUACCUCUUUUGUUGUUUCUGAUGCACUUGAACCUGAUUUCCCAAUCAUAUAUGUCAACAAGGUCUUCGAAAUCUCCACUGGGUAUCGUGCUGAUGAGGCCCUUGGUCGCAACUGCCGAUUCUUACAGUACAGAGAUCCUCGAGCUCAAAGGAGACACCCUUUGGUAGAUCCUGUUGUUGUGUCUGAGAUUAGAAGAUGUCUUGAGGAAGGUGUUGAGUUCCAAGGUGAACUUCUGAACUUCAGAAAAGACGGUACUCCUUUAGUGAAUAGGCUGAGACUUGCACCAAUUCAUGAUGACGAUGGGACCGUGACACACAUAAUAGGUAUCCAACUCUUUUCUGAGGCAAAUAUAGAUCUGAACCGUGUCUCAUAUCCAGUUUUCAAAGAGACCUGCAAUCAAGAUUUUGAUAAAAGUGGUCAAUAUUCUCCUAAGAGUGGACAAUCACUGUACAGUCAGCACCAAGAGAUGUGUGGCAUUCUUCAACUUUCUGAUGAAGUCUUGGCUCACAACAUUUUGUCACGCUUGACACCAAGAGAUGUUGCAUCCAUUGGAUCUGUAUGCAGGAGAAUCCGUCAAUUAACCAAGAAUGAGCAUGUGAGGAAGAUGGUAUGUCAAAAUUCAUGGGGCAAAGAAGUGACAGGCACAUUGGAACUGAUGACCAAGAAGUUAGGAUGGGGUCGUCUUACUCGCGAACUUACAACUCUCGAGGCUGUUUGUUGGAGAAAACUGACAGUUGGAGGUGCAGUGGAGCCUUCACGCUGCAACUUCAGUGCUUGUGCUGCAGGAAACCGACUUGUAUUGUUUGGUGGUGAAGGUGUGGAUAUGCAACCUAUGGAUGACACAUUUGUUCUAAACCUUGAUGCUAAAAAUCCAGAAUGGCGCAGGGUUAGUGUGAAAUCAUCUCCACCUGGAAGGUGGGGCCACACGCUCUCGUGCUUAAAUGGUUCUUGGUUGGUGGUUUUUGGUGGGUGUGGUAGGCAAGGAUUGCUCAAUGAUGUGUUUGUGCUUGAUUUGGAUGCUCAACAGCCAACAUGGAAGGAAGUCUGCGGCGGAACCCCUCCACUUCCCAGAUCAUGGCACAGCUCUUGCACCAUUGAAGGGUCCAAAUUGGUUGUCUCCGGCGGGUGCACAGAUGCCGGCGUACUUCUUAGUGACACAUAUUUACUGGACCUCACAACAGAUAAUCCAACAUGGAGAGAAAUUCCAACUUCAUGGGCACCUCCAUCUCGGUUGGGGCACUCACUCUCAGUCUAUGGGAGGACAAAGAUUGUCAUGUUUGGGGGACUUGCCAAGAGUGGACACUUGCGGCUUCGAUCAGGCGAGGCUUAUACAAUUGAUUUAGAAAAUGAACAACCGCAAUGGAGGCAGCUAGAAUACAGUGCAUUCACGGGAUUAGCAAGUCAAAGUGCUGUUGUUCCUCCUCCUAGGUUGGAUCAUGUUGCUGUCAGCAUGCCUUGUGGGAGGAUUAUCAUAUUUGGAGGUUCAAUUGCUGGUCUUCACUCACCAUCUCAGCUCUUUCUAUUGGACCCUUCUGAAGAGAAACCGUCUUGGAGGAUCCUGAAUGUUCCAGGGCAACCACCUAAAUUUGCAUGGGGUCAUAGCACUUGUGUUGUUGGAGGGACAAGGGUGUUGGUGUUGGGUGGACACACUGGGGAGGAAUGGAUAUUGAACGAGUUGCAUGAGUUGUGCUUGGCAAGUCGACAAGAUUCUGAGCUGUGAAGUGCAUCAAAUCAGACCCUCUUCUCUCAACACAGAUUUUGGUUGCAAAUAGGUUUUGCUUUGCCUGGCUUGGGUUUCCUCUAGCAAUUUGGUCUUGUAUAUGAACUAUCCUAUUACUGUUUUAAUAUGUGACGUGUGUAUUACCAAUGUUUUUGUUUUUUAAUGAUAUGUGACGCCAUUUUGGCUCCUAGAUCGUCUCUCACAUUAGGAAACAUACCUCUGUACGUCAAAGAGUUCUUUGCUGUUGUAUCAUCCCUCCUUUUUCUUUCACAAUUACUUUUGUUAAUAAUUAAUUCUUUUAUUAUUAUUAUUAUUAUUAUUAUUAUUAUUUAAAUCAACUUUGAC